AAUCUUCAAUGGCUUUCUCACUUAAUUUCCGUCUUUAGUCAAACGAUCCUUUUUGAACGGUUUUGAUCAACGUGUUGACGUUGGAUUGGAUACCAACGUUCAAUUCAACAUCUUCUCAACGAUCAUCGUCGUCAUCAUUAUCAUCAACAAAAGAUCACGCGUUUAUCGUGAUUUAGAUUUAUACCCUAACAAAUACACACACAUAAUAAUAUACCCACAAUCUACAAAUGGCCUCUACAGCAUCUUCAAGGAGGCCUCCUCCAUUGCGAACAGUAUCUUCUACUCCCACACGUAAACCGCCUCCAAUUCCACCUCCUACUUUGCCUUUAUCUCGUUCUCAACAAUUGGCAAACGCAAUCGCAGCUGCUGAAGCACAAAUGAAAGACGCUCUCGAUCAAUCACAAAAGCAACAACAACGUCAACAACAAGGAACAGAGUCAAACAACGCAGCAGAUGUUAUAUGGCAAGGAAAAGGCGCUUCUUUAUUCGAAAAAGGUUUACCUUCUCCUGUCGGUAAUCAUACUUCAAACGAAGAUUCACAAGGUGAAUUUGCCGAUGCAGAUGAAGGUUUCGAUAGCGAUGAAGCAAGAAGCGUAGAUGAUAAUACCACAUUUACAACUUUAUCCACUUCUGGCAGUACAACAAAGAGAUCAACAUCAAAUACAAUGCCGCCACUACCGUCGCCUUCUUUACGAAAAGGUUCGCUUCCGGCCGCUCCAGCUCGCCCCCAACGUAAAGCACCGCGAAACCCACAUCCCAUCGCAGAUGAAAUUGAAAUGGAGGAAAACGAUGAGGAUUGGGGUGAAGACGACAUGGAUGCAGGAACGACAUAUGGACAUGCUAGCAGAGCUUCUAUCGGUUCAAGCAUUUGGGCUGGAAGGGGAAAGAAGAAGAAUUUCACAGAUGAUGCAGAUAUACCCGCUUUACCUUCUCCUGAUCUAUCCGUGAUAGCGCACAAAAGCAAUCCAAAAGUACGGAAAGAUCGAAUCAGUAUGGCAGAAACAAGCAGCGUAUACAGUCAAGGAGGCGCGACUGAUUGGAAUGAUGAUGCACAUCAUCAAGCACUGGAACAAACGCCACCUUUGGAUAAGAUACGUCAAUUGGGCUCUCAUAUGUCACCUCAAUCUCGUGAUGAUGAAUUCGAAAUGAUGGAUACUCAAAGUGUAUAUGAAGGUAGAAACAGCAUUUCUUCAAAUUCUGCCGGUCUCACUUCGCCUACUUUUGCACCAAACACAGCCGAGCCUGAACGUAGAUUACCCGAUGGUACAUUGGUUCCCAAGAUGCCACCUUUGCCGCCUCAUCAUUAUUCUCCCGAUCCAAGUUCCCAGAAUGGUGUUCAAAAGAGAGGCAAGAAAGGACGAAGAAACCGUUCACCCAUCCUAUCAUAUGCAGACGGAGAAGAAGAAGAAGAACGUUUAGUGCAAGAGCGUGAAUUGCGUGAACAUGGUGGUAUCGGCGGAUUGCAAACAACCGCAACCGGUAUGGGACCAAAAUUGAAAAAGAAUUCUCCUGCACCAUGGGAAAUGGAUAAUGAUUUGGAUUUGGAUAGCUCUGCUUCGGUAGGCGGAAGUAGCACUGGCGCAAAAAGAUCGACUGAUGGACCUUAUUCCGGUUUACACUCGCGUCCUUCUAUGGAACAUUUGUUUGCUUCUGGAAUGAAAAAUCCUUCCAAUUGGGCCCGUCAAAGUAUGGAGCAAUUCCGUAAUCGAUCGGUCUCAAACGGAGGUACACCAUCUCCUAUGCCUGCUGGCCAUGCAAACCAUCCUGGUGCGUCAAACAUUUCACUUCCUUCUUCAAAGUCUACUACUGCUUUUCCGGGCAAUCCUUCUAAUCCAAUUGCUCAAGCUUCAAGCCCCUUAGCAGGUAUGCCAAAAGGUGCAAACUGGUUAGAUGAUGAGCCUUCGUCACAAAUGGAAAAUGCACCUACUGGAGAUGAAGCGCCUUCUAGACGUUCACGAACAAAGAGCAUUUCUGGAAGUGCAGCAGGCAUGUUGAAAGGUUUGGGCUUGGCUUCUAGUGCUGCUCCGGCCAAAAAGGCAUCCUCUUCACGUCUUGCAAAGGCGUUUCAACGAGGCAACAAGAAUGGACCGCAAGGUGCAUCACUGCCAGCAGAAGGUAAUCGUAAACAAUCUCUCAAUCUCAGCAGAGGUAUUAGCUCUGAUGAUUACGCUCAUUUACCGCCUUCGCCUACUUUACAUCAAAACAAUAUCAAUUUACAAGUAGCCAAUGGAUCUUCACCUUAUAUGAGUCAUUCAAGUGCGAAUUCCCAUUCUUCUCUUUCUCAUCGGUCGGAUGGCUCUCCUGGUCUUGCAAGCUUUGUGCCAGCGACAGCUGUUCCUCCGAUGCCCAAAAGAAGGACGAGCAAUGGAGCAAGUACUCACUCUGUCAACCAGUCUGGCUCAGCUGUGCCCAAUUCAAGUGCAGACGGACAUUCUCUUACCGGUUCAUCUUCUAGUCAUAACUUACAACAAAAAUUAAACGGAGGCUUGCAUAGAGCAGAAAUGAUGGAUAUGAUCAUGUCUUCAAAUGCGAAAGCACGUGAAUCACAUCCUCGUAAUCCAACUGAAGGAUCUGUUGCAGGCUCAUCAGAUACUGCAGCUGAUGCAACUUCUCCUCAAAGACCUGCUCUUAACAUUCAAAAGGCAUCUCCGAAUGGCAAAAAGACUGAUUCUCAAGAUUCUAGUAAUACAUCACCCAAACAUGCAAUGCCAUACAAAAACACUUUUGGCUUUGGAGGAAGCGCAGAACGUGCUUCGACCGGUGUUCCGCAUCAACAGAACCUCAAGUCACAGCAAGCAGGUCAAGUACGCACAAAAGUUGUAACAACUGGACCAGAAGGAGAGUUGCGUUCGAAUGAAAGCAUUGGAAGUCAAUCACAAGAUAGUCAAAGGUCAGGAGAAAGAAGUGCAAAGCCGGCUGAAGGUGGUGCCACUUCAUUGCCAAAAUUGCCUAGCGUUGGUGCACAUGAUGGCGUUCCAUACAAAUUGAUCUCUUUGGAGGAGGCACGUUUGCAACAACAAAGGGCAAAUCAAUCCGCUGAAACAGGACCAGGAUUGCCUACGUCCAAUUCCGAGAAGAAUAUGGGUCUCAUCUUGAACCAAGGUGAACCUAUCACUGGCUCGGAGCGCGAGAGAAGCUUGAAGAAUAAGAAAAGUGGUGGCUUCUUGCGUAGGUUUGGAAAGGAGAAAUCUGACAAUAACCCAGACAAUGUCGGUCCUAUGCCUUCUUUCGCCCCUCCCAAUCCUUCGCAGAACGUGUUCCAACAAGGUGAAUCAACUGCUGUUCAGGCACCUCCAACUUUAUCAGUCCGUCCGAUGAGCUCGAUGUUUAGCGGAUUUGCUCCUGGCUUUAUUGAUACUUUGGCAGUCACAGAGGAAGGUGACGAAGAUGCCGAAAGACAAAAUGAAUCGAAUGAUCCAAACGGAUUCUUGUCGCCUUCCAAUGCAGUUCAACGUACCCUUGCGCCACAUUCACCUGCCAUAACUGUUGCAUCAGUGGACAGUGGAACAUCGGGAGCAGAUUAUUACGAUGCUCAUGAUGUCAUCACAUCCAAUCCCCCCGUUCAACAAAAUAAUCUCAAAGCACCCUCUUCAACUGUCAAUGGCGCCAAAUUACGAGCUCCCACCUCUGGUGCAAAUGGAAACCCUCCCACUUUUGUUGCCCAUAUGUCCUCAAGACCUUCGACGGACAGUACGCAAAGCGACAAUUCAUCCGCUUUGGGCUUGGUGAGCGGAUUCCCCAACCUUCCAACUACUGGGCAUGGGGCUACAGCGGCUAGUCUGACCGGUAAAGAUCGAGUUGAAGGCACGAUGACCGCAACACCCAUGUCUUCCGCAAAUGCAGAUGGAAUCUCGUCAUUAGCAUCGGCUACAAGAUCGCGUGCAUUGGAAAUUGAAGCAAAAAUGACCGAACUGCAUGCUGAACUUGUGAAAUUGCGUGUGUUUGCAAUUGAUAGCGGAUUGGCAAAACCUGUUCAACAAAUUGGUUCUCCUGAUCUGGGCAAUAAUAAUGUUUUAGCAACAAAGGAAAUCGAUCCUGAAUUAUCGGAAAAAGAAAUCGCUCAACAAGAAGAUGCUUUACUCAUUCCAAUCGAUCCUUGUUCUCAUUGUGGCUGUCACUGCGCAGAACAAAAGAGACUUCAAUCUUUGAACGAAUUGGCAAUCUUGAAAGGGAUCAGUGUUUUGGAUCGUGGUCGUGCAUUGAAACCACUUGCCGGUCAAAAUGGAAGCAAAUUUGGCGGAUACCUUGACCGUUGAGAAUACAGAAAUAUACCAUGACAAUACCUUAUUCAAUUCUUUCAAAUUACCAAUCUAGAUAGCGAAUAUGUUAUUAGACUAUACCUGAAUUAUAAUUCCCGUU